GAAAAAAAAGUCAUUUGAUGUGAUACGUAAUUUUUGACGGAACCUUUGUUGGUAUCAAUUAUAUGUUAUUUAUAAAAGUGCUUCUAAAAUGGUUGAUCCAAUAUUCGACUACCAGUUCAGGCUUAUUCUAAUUGGAGACAGUACAGUGGGCAAGAGUUCGUUGCUGAAAUAUUUCACAGAUGGAAAGUUCGCAGAGUUGUCCGACCCGACGGUGGGGGUAGAUUUCUUUGCUAGAAUAAUAGAAGUGCAAGACGGGACGAGAAUUAAACUGCAGCUAUGGGACACUGCUGGUCAGGAAAGAUUUAGAUCUAUAACGAAGUCGUAUUAUAGAAACUCAGUCGGUGCGCUGCUAGUGUACGACGUAUGUAACAGAUCAAGUUUCGAGCACAUACCAUUGUGGAUGAUGGAGGCCAAGAGGCACAUAGAGCCCCACAGGCCAGUUUUUGCCUUAGUGGGAUGUAAAAUCGACCUUGUAGGAACAGACAACAAGAAUGGUGCUAGAAGGGAAGUGUCUUGUGAAGAGGCCCGAAUGUUUGCUGAAGAAAAUGGUCUUCACCAUGUGGAAACAUCAGCAAAAACAGGCAUGAAUGUAGAAGAAGCUUUCGUACUUGUGGCCCAAGAAGUGUACAACCGUAUUCAAACAGGAGAAUAUAAAGUAGAGGAUGGGUGGGAUGGAAUAAAGACAGGUUUCAACAGACCCAACGGAAUGGACUUCAACCUGCUCGAGGCCGAAACCGUCCAGUCCACAUGCUGUUAAAUGUAAAUAUUGACAGUAGCAUAGCUCAUGUAAUGCAUAAGCAUAAUUUUAUAACAUUCUAUUAAUUAAGGUUUAGCUCGAAGUUAUUUAUAGUGCACUACACUGUGUAAUGCAUUAUGUCUACGGCCACUUAGUCAUUGAUCUGCAAUACUCAAAUUAAAUUGGUUAUUUAUUAUUCCAUAGAUAAAAGUGGUGUUGGUCUCAAAUUUCUAAAUGCCAAUCAGCCUAAACCGAGAACCAAAGAAAAAAAAUGUUGUUAACUUGAUCUUUUGUUAAUUUUUGAAGUCAAUACUAACAUUCUAAUAAUUAUAAUUUUACAAUUUAUGUAAGUCAAAUUUAAUAUACCUGAAUAUAUUGUACCUGGAACAUUGUAAGUUUAAUGUUAACAAUGCAUAAAUAAAUUAAGGAAAAACUAAAAUGAUAAAUAUUCAUCACAAUUCAUCUAAAUAUUUAAUAAGCCACCAGAAUAAAUAACAUGUUAGAAGCCCUGGAUGUAACAUUUGCUUAUUUUUAAUUAUAACAAUUUGACAGGAUACAGUAUCCAUUUUGUAACUACAUAUAUUCUAGAGGAAAAAUGGCAUUAAAGAGCCAGUCAUGGAAAUAUCUCCACAAAUAUAUGUGUCAUUUUUUUUUACUGGCAAUAGGUACUGAUAUUUUUUUAAGGUUAAAAAUAAAACAUUAUGUUCAAAUUUGUUUAGAAUUUUCUAAAGAAAAGCAAGACCUCUUUGAUGCCAUAUUUCACCGAAAUUAUAAUGAAGUUUUAGUCGCAUAGAGCAUGACAUAGGCAUAUAAAUUAAACCAACAUUGUCAUAUUGCUCGUUAUAAAUAUGAAAUAGAUUCCAGGGUCACAAAACCACAGACACUGGCAGGCUCUCUACUGAGGCAGAGAUGAGAGAGCAUUAUUUGUUUGACAGAGGAGCAGAGAAGACAUGUAAUAGUAUUGCUUGAUUGUACCUGGCGUGAUGUUGUCUUGGGAAUAUAGAUGGAGUUGUUUCCCAUUGCCUUCUGCACCAUGUUUUAGGGUUGAAUUGAGCCACGCAGUGAGCAAGGUAAAAAUCCACCGAAAGCACAGUAGAGUAGAGAUUUUAUGCAAUUUUAUUGGUGGAUUUUUACCUUGCUCACUGCACGGCUUCAGUCGACAGGCAGUUUAAACCCCAGAUGAUACAGCAUCAUCCAGUCGGUCACCCCAGCUAGGUGUAUGGUUAUACCACCAUCCACCAUUUACCGGGUUGAUUUCUGCACAUCUCUCAUCUCCGCUUCCGGGGUAAAUAGCCUAACUGACCAUCAAUGGACCUUAACUCUUUGUGUUAUGUACAGCGAACUGGCAGCUAACCUGCACAAAAGCCAGGAUAUUAUUUUGAACACUGGAUUGUGUGAGCAAAUUAUUUGAGCUUAUCGGUUCCAUUAUUAUGACCUCAAUUAGAAUAACAUAAUUGUAUGGGGAGAGGAUAGUAAAAUACGUUUAUUUAA